GGAAGUAUGUCGUAGCGGGUUAGCUAGUUGCUCAGACAACUGUGUUUAAAAAAGUCAUAAAGUUAUGAUACAGUUUUCAUGAAGAUGUCUGGGGACCUAGCUCAGACUCCUCGGUCUCUGCUGGUCUGUGAUCAGUCCAAUUUUUUGGAUGAGAAGAAUCGACUGAGUUCACAGGUGGAGCAGCUGCACUUCAACUACAAGGUGUCUGUGCUGCUGCCUGAAUGUGACUCCACCCCCUCUCACCUGGACGCUGUAUUAAACAGUUUCAGCAGUUUCUACCUGAUCAGAGAGCUGCCGAUAUACGAACUGCUGAACAAACACUUCCUGGAAACGGCCGUGUACCAGGGUAGUGUGUAUGGUGUGUCCUACAGGACCAGGAUAGAUGAAGAUAACUGCGUUGCUCUGAUGCCAAAUGGACACCUGUGUCUCUCUCUGGAUAAAGACUCCUUUGAGUUGUUAGGAGUUGAAGGGAAACCAUCCAGAUUCAACCACAGAACAAACUGCAGAUUUGUAGUAUCUGUAGAUUUGACUGACAGCAGCAUGGCUCCUGGUGGGCGGGGCCACCAGAGACUCCUGACAGGUCUGAGGUCACGACUACAGAUGAAGUGCGACUUCCUGCUAUCACAUCAUCCAGGGGGCGGAGCCUCUCUGCAGGCCCUGCUGUCCCGUUACGAUUGGUCGGAGCACAGGCCUGAGAUCAGCAGUCACACCUUGACAGACCUGUCCUGCCCCGCCCUGCUGACCUCUGGCCUGCAGUCGUGCGACCCUCACAGCUUCCUGGAGUGGAUUGGAGCCGUGGACGCCCGUGUCAGCUGUGACAACUCAUCCAGCAGCUUCCUGUCCUCACUGGUCUGUCCCGAGCCGAAGACGACAGUGAGCCGAGCGCUGAGCGUCUCUGUCCGCGGACUGUUGCUUCCUCAGGACGUCCACAGACUCAUCCAGCAGCUCAGGUGUUACCUGGAGCAACCUCGGUUGGAGUCCUGGGUCUCACUGACGGUUCAUGGUUUUGUCGACAGUCCAGUAUCAUGGGGAGGCAACGAACACGGAGUCCUGAGAGGAGGAGAGAACUUCUAUAGUCUGCUGAUGUUCCAUGACAACACCUACCGCCUCCACCUGGCUACAGGAGCUCACGACACCUGUCCACCAUGAUGAUGUCAGCAGCAGGUGGUUUCAGUGGUCAAGGCUCGGGAUCAGGUUUUGUUGAAGAAACCUGCUUCAUGUGUGUUUGGAUGAAGGCAUCUCAAACUAAAUUAUUGAGAGAAGAAGAAAUGAAUUUGAGUUGGAAACAGAUGUUGACAACCUUUAAAGCAGAAGGUGACCUGCUGCCUGGAGGUCCUGUGACCUCGGAUGGUCCCUGACCCACAGGUUGAGGACCACCGACAUACAUUAAACUACAGUUAAAGUAUCACAUCAUCUCAGGGUGAGACAACAAAUCUUUUUGUAGAGACAAUAUUGUUUCAUUUGUUGGUAGAAAAGUUCCACUUUCACUUUUUGUUGUUUUUCUCAUGUUACAUCAUGUUAUUAUUCAUCAGCUGAUACAUAAAGUACUUUGUAGCUAUAUAAUAAAUGAUGUUACAGAUUAUUAUUAUUACAAAUUAUUCUCAUGUCAUAAUUAUUUUGUCAUAAUUAUGAAGAAGUUAGAGGUGGAAAUGACUCUGAAUAUUUGUUGACACAGGUGAGUUUGUGUAAUGACAUUUUUACUUGUGAAAAAGUUCAUUCUAAUACAUAAAAAGUUUCCCGUACGUUC